CGGAAAUAAUUCUUGAUAAAGUAUAUUGAUGCAUAUUUCCAUCUUUUUGUACAAUUAUUAAUACAUAAAAUGCUAUUAUUAGGCUGAAAUAAUGAAUUACAUUUUGGCAACGCAUUUCACUUCCGCCAGUCUGUCUGUUAGUCGCAAGCACAAUGCCGAAGUACUACUGUGACUACUGUGAUACAUACCUCACCCACGACUCUCCUUCAGUAAGAAAGACGCAUUGCAGUGGAAGGAAACAUAAAGAAAAUGUGAAACUAUACUAUCAGAAAUGGCUUGAGGAUCAAGUUCAAAAACUUGUUGAUGACACAACUGCGGCUUUCAAGCAAGGCAAGAUUACCCAGAAUCCAUUUGGCUCAGGAGGACCUGGUGGGGCAAUGAUCCCUCCCCCUGCUAGUUUAGGAGGUCCAAAAGGUCCAGGAGGUCCACCAGGACCUAUGGGGCCUAUGGGACCUGGAGGCCCUAUGAUGGGACCAGGGGGCCCUAUGGGUCCUCCAAUGAUGCCCAUGCGUCCAAUGGGUCCACCUAUGGGUAUGAUGGGUCCUAUGGGUCCAAUGGGUCCAAUGAUGCGUGGGCCUCCAAUGAUGGGUCCACCUCGACCAAGGUAGCAUCAAACACCACAAGAAAACUUGUAGGACUGUUAACUUCAUCAACUCACUCAUAUCUUAUCAUGUUAAAGAAGGAGGCAUAUUUACCAAUUUCAUAGUGAUCGUGAAUCAGUGCAUGGAUGAGGAAAUGAGAUUCAUUUUCUCUAACACUUAAUUUGGAUUAAUAAAAGAUGCCCAUAUUCCAGAGCUUUCUGAGAAAAACUACGUUGACUUAUUUUAACGAUCAUGUUCUGUAUCACACCAGGAAUGUAUAACAUACAAACUUUUGUAAUAGGCAGACGCAGCAUUUUACAAAUGGAAUUCCUCAUGUCUUAUAUAUGCAUAUUGGUAAUUCAUCUCAACAAAUUGUUUAAAUUCUUUAUUUUGUAAUUGGAAUCUCUUUUUCUAAUACGAGUUGUAAAGAGUAAUUUUAGUAUACAACAAUACAUACAUGGACACUGUCCCAAGAUUGUACAUUUAUUGUAAAUAUGAACUUAAAUAUAUAAUCUUUAGAAAAUACCAA